GUUGUGGCCUAUCACUACUGCCAGGCCGACAACGCCUACACCUGCCUGGUGCCCGAGUUCGUGCACAACGUGGCCGCCCUGCUCUGCCGCUCGCCGCAGUUCGUGGCUUACAGGGAGCAGCUCCUGCGAGAGCCCCACCUGCAGAGCAUGCUCAGCCUGCGCUCCUGCGUGCAGGACCCCAUGGCCUCCUUCCGCAGGGGAGUCCUGGAGCCCUUGGAAAAUCUGCACAAAGAGAGGAAGAUCCCUGAUGAAGAUUUCAUCAUAUUAAUUGAUGGCUUAAAUGAGGCUGAAUUUCACAAACCGGAUUAUGGAGACACCAUAGUAUCGUUCCUCAGCAAAAUGAUUGGAAAAUUCCCUUCCUGGCUGAAGCUGGUAGUGACGGUCAGGACAAGUCUACAGGAAAUAAUUAAGCUGUUGCCCUUCCACAGAAUAUUUUUGGAUAGACUGGAAGAGAAUGAAGCCAUAGACCAGGACCUGCAGGCAUACAUCCUCCAUCGGAUACACAGCAGCUCGGAGAUCCAGAACAACAUCUCGCUUAACGGCAAAAUGGACAACACCACGUUUGGCAAACUCAGUUCUCACCUCAAGACCUUGAGCCAAGGGUCCUACCUGUACCUAAAACUCACUUUUGAUCUCAUAGAGAAAGGAUACCUAGUACUAAAAAGCUCCAGCUACAAAGUAGUGCCAGUGUCUCUGUCAGAAGUUUACCUGUUGCAGUGCAAUAUGAAGUUCCCAACGCAGUCUUCCUUUGAUCGGGUUAUGCCUCUCUUGAAUGUGGCAGUGGCAUCGCUGCACCCUUUAACAGACGAACAUAUUUUUCAGGCCAUUAACGCAGGUAACAUUGAGGGCACUUUGGAGUGGGAGGACUUUCAGCAGAGGAUGGAGAACCUUUCUAUGUUUCUUAUCAAACGUAGAGAUAUGACACGAAUGUUUGUUCAUCCCUCUUUCCGAGAGUGGCUUAUUUGGAGAGAAGAAGGUGAAAAGACCAAGUUUCUUUGUGAUCCUAGGAGUGGCCACACGUUACUUGCCUUCUGGUUUUCCCGUCAAGAAGGAAAAUUAAAUCGACAGCAGACUAUUGAACUGGGACAUCACAUUCUGAAAGCACACAUUUUUAAGGGGCUGAGUAAAAAAGUUGGGGUAUCUUCCUCCAUCCUGCAAGGGCUUUGGAUCUCCUACAGCACCGAAGGUCUUUCGAUGGCUUUGGCAUCUCUGAGAAACCUCUACACCCCAAACAUAAAGGUCAGUCGGUUGCUGAUUUUAGGAGGUGCAAACGUGAAUUACCGGACUGAGGUUCUGAACAACGCCCCCAUUCUGUGCGUCCAAUCUCACCUGGGUUACACGGAGAUGGUGGCUUUGCUCUUGGAGUUUGGGGCCAACGUCGACGCCGCUUCGGAAAGCGGCCUCACCCCCCUUGGCUACGCGGCUGCUGCUGGGUUCCUGAGCAUCGUUGUGCUGCUGUGCAAGAAACGGGCCAAGGUGGAUCACUUGGACAAAAACGGUCAGUGCGCUCUGGUCCACGCUGCUCUCAGAGGCCACUUGGAGGUGGUGAAGUUCUUGAUCCAGUGCGACUGGACCAUGGCCGGGCAGCAGCAGGGAGUGUUCAAGAAGAGCCACGCCAUCCAGCAAGCCCUGAUCGCCGCAGCCAGCAUGGGUUACACCGAGAUUGUCUCCUACCUGCUCGAUCUUCCAGAAAAAGACGAAGAGGAGGUGGAGCGAGCACAAAUCAACAGCUUUGACAGCCUUUGGGGAGAGACAGCUCUGACGGCGGCGGCCGGGCGCGGGAAGCUGGAGGUCUGCAGGCUGCUCCUGGAGCAGGGCGCCGCCGUGGCACAGCCCAACCGCCGCGGGGUCGUUCCGCUCUUCAGCGCCGUGAGACAGGGCCACUGGCAGAUUGUGGAUCUCUUACUCACGCACGGCGCUGAUGUGAACAUGGCAGACAAGCAGGGGCGGACGCCGCUGAUGAUGGCUGCAUCCGAGGGACACCUGGGCACGGUGGAGUUUCUGCUUGCGCAAGGUGCCUCCAUUUCUCUGAUGGACAAGGAGGGCUUGACAGCCCUCAGCUGGGCCUGCCUGAAGGGACAUCUGUCCGUGGUGCGUUCCCUGGUGGAGAACGGGGCUGCCACCGACCACGCGGAUAAAAACGGGCGCACUCCGCUGGACCUGGCAGCUUUUUACGGCGACGCAGAGGUGGUUCAGUUCCUGGUGGACCAUGGGGCCAUGAUCGAGCACGUCGACUACAGCGGGAUGCGCCCCCUUGACAGGGCAGUGGGGUGCCGCAACACCUCGGUGGUCGUCACUCUCCUGAAGAAAGGAGCCAAGAUAGGUUGUCAGACGUUACCGAGUCGCCCACGAGGUCCAGCAACAUGGGCGAUGGCAACCUCCAAACCAGACAUCAUGAUCAUCCUGUUGAGCAAGCUGAUGGAGGAGGGAGACAUGUUUUAUAAGAAAGGUAAAGUGAAGGAGGCUGCCCAGCGCUACCAGUACGCUCUGAAAAAGUUCCCCCGGGAAGGGUUUGGAGAAGACCUGAAAACUUUCCGUGAGCUGAAGGUGUCGCUCCUCCUCAACCUCUCCCGAUGUCGAAGGAAAAUGAACGAUUUCGGAAUGGCGGAGGAGUUUGCUACUAAAGCACUGGAGCUGAAACCGAAAUCUUACGAAGCUUACUAUGCAAGAGCAAGGGCCAAACGCAGCAGCAGGCAGUUUUCAGCAGCCCUGGAGGACCUGAACGAGGCCAUCAAGCUGUGUCCCAACAACCGUGAGAUCCAGCGGCUGCUGAUGCGGGUGGAAGAGGAGUGCAGGCAGCAACAGCGGCAGCAGCAGCAGCCGCCUCCGCUCCCGGCAGAGCCCGAACCUGAAGCCCAGCACGAAGAGCUGUAUUCUGUGCAGGACAUCUUUGAGGAGGAAUACCUGGAGCAGGACGUAGAAAACGUUUCCAUUGGCUUGCAGACAGAGUCCAGGCCAAACCAAGGGCUGCCCAUCAUCCAGAGCCCACCCCCGUCCCCAGCUCACAGGGACUCAGCCUAUAUUUCUGGCUCACCUCUUGGCUCUCAUCAGGUCUUUGAUUUCAGGUCCAAUAGCUCCGUGGGUUCACCAACCAGGCAAGGGUACCAGUCCACGUCUCCUGCUCUGUCUCCGACGCACCAAAACUCACAUUACAGACCCAGUCCUCCGCACACGUCCCCUGCUCACCAGGGCUCCUCCUACCGCUUCAGCCCACCUCCUGUGGGAAGUCAAGGGAAGGAAUAUCAAAGCCCACCACCCUCUCCUCUUCGUAGAGGUCCUCAGUACCGCGCCAGCCCCCCAGCAGAAAGCAUGAGCGUUUAUCGGUCACAGUCCGGUUCCCCGGUCCGUUACCAGCAGGAACCCAGCGGGGUCAGCCAGCUCCCCGGUAGACCAAAGUCUCCCUUAUCCAAGAUGACGCAGAGGUCCUUCCAGAUGCCCCAGCUCCCCGUGGCCGUGCCGCAGCAGGCGCUGAGGCUGCAGCCGGCCAAGGCGCAGAUCGUGAGGAGCAACCAGCCCAGCUCGGCCGUCCAUUCGAGUACCGUCAUCCCGACCGGCGCUUACAGCCAGGUCGCCCACUCGAUGGCCAGCAAGUACCAGUCGGCGUCAGGGGAGAUGGGGGUUAGCCAGAGCAGGUUGGUCUACCAGGGCUCCAUCGGGGGCAUCGUGGGGGACAGCAGACCCGUGCAGCACGUUCAGGCGAGCCUCAGCGCGGGAGCAAUCUGUCAGCACGGAGGCCUGGCUAAAGAAGACCUUCCGCAGAGACCGUCCUCGGCGUACAGGGGGGGUAUGAGGUACAGCCAGACGCCGCAGAUCGGGCGCAGCCAGUCCGCCUCCUACUACCCGGUGUGUCACUCCAAGCUCGACCUGGAGCGUUCUUCCCUCCCCGCCAACCAGCUGGGCUCUCCAGACGUGUCUCACCUCAUCAGAAGGCCCAUCAGCGUGAAUCCCAGCGAAAUAAAGCCUCACCCGCCGACUCCAAGGCCCCUGCUCCACUCUCAGAGCGUCGGCCUCCGCUUCUCCCCUUCCAGCAAUAGCAUCUCCUCCACCUCCAACCUGACUCCCAAUUUCCGCCCUUCCGCCUCGAUUCAGCAAAUGGAGAUUCCUCUCAAGCCAGCUUACGACCGAUCCUGCGAUGAACUUUCUCCGGUCUCCCCCACGCAGGGGGGUUACCCCAGCGAGCCGGCCCGUUCCCGGACCACGCCGUUCAUGGGAAUCAUAGAUAAAACCGCUCGGACUCAGCAGUACCCCCACCUCCAUCAGCAGAACCGGACCUGGGCCGUGUCAUCAGUGGACACCGUCAUUAGUCCUACGUCUCCUGGCAACCUCCCCCAGCCGGAAUCAUUUAGCCCGCCUUCUUCAAUCAGCAACAUUGCCUUUUAUAACAAAACCAACAAUGCACAGAAUGGCCAUUUGCUAGAGGAAGACUAUUACAGCCCCCAUGGGAUGCUGGCCAAUGGGUCCCGGGGAGACCUCCUGGAGAGAGUCACCCAAGCCUCCUCGUAUCCCGACGUCAAGGUGGCAAGGACACUGCCUGUGGCGCAGGCCUACCAGGACAACCUCUACAGGCAGCUCUCCAGGGACUCCAGGCAAGGGCAGACAUCCCCAAUCAAACCAAAGAGACCAUUUGUGGAGUCUAAUGUGUAA